GUCGGAGUCGGAGUCGGAGCUCUGUUGAGAAAUCAUUAGAAAAUGUUAUGGUAGUCAAGAUAUGGUGCAACUAACCUCGGCCUUCUUCUCAACCUUCUUCUCGGUCUUCUCCUCCUCAGACUCAGCGUCGGAGUCGGAGUCAGACUCGCUGUCGGAAGACUCCUUCUUGGCAGCACCGUUGGUCUUGGGGGCAGCCUCGGCCUCAGACUCGGAGGAGUCAGAGUCAGAGUCGGAAGAGUCAGAAGACUCAGCCUUCUUGGCGGCCUUGGUGGCAGCAGCCUUGGGGGCAGCCUUCUUGGCGGGCUUCUCCUCCUCAGACUCGGAGGAAGAGUCGCUGGAAGCCUCGGCCUCGGACUCAGAAGAGUCGGAGGACUCGCUCUCGGAAGACUCAGGCUCGACGACCUUCUUGGACUUCUUGGACUUCUUCUCGACCUCCUUGGCGACAGCCUUGGACUUGGCCUUGGGGCUCUCAGACUUGGCGACGGCAGCGCCCUUCACCUUGGUGAGAGGGUCAGCGGCCUUGGUGGCCUUGGAGGAUGACUUGGUCUUGCCCAUUGUGAUGAUUUGAAAAGGUGAACGGAAGGGUAUCAAAAACAAGAGAUUGAGGUAUGGAAAUAGGCAAGAGAAAGACUUUUUCCAGAGAGGUUGCGCGAGGGAAGAAUUGAUAGAAGCUUGGGGAGGGGAGCUUGACUUUUAAGGCCAGGGUCUCGGUGGUU